CACGCGUUGGUGGCCACCGGAACUGGUCCAGAGCCCCUCGGAAAUUUUGCUCAACAGACAUGCGCGUUGCAGGAGAACUCCAGCCAUCACGUGCCUCUGAUGGCUCGGCAACUGCCUUCAAUCGGUCUAAUCGAUCUUUCUUCCAGUCCCUACUCCAUCCAUGAGUGAAGACGACAAGCACCAACAGACUUUUGAUCAGGCGCAUGCUGGCGCUUCGCACACCUUUCCCAUGCAGUGCUCUGCCUUGAGGAAGAAUGGACACGUUGUCAUUAAGGGGAGACCAUGCAAGAUCGUGGAUAUGUCCACUUCUAAAACUGGAAAGCACGGGCAUGCUAAGGUUCAUCUUGUUGGGAUUGACAUUUUUACUGGUAAAAAACUGGAAGAUAUUUCCCCAUCAACCCAUAACAUGGAUGUUCCUAACGUUAGUCGCACUGAAUUCACGCUGAUUGAUAUUGAAGAUGGAUUCCUCAGUCUGAUGGAUACCGAUGGGGUUCUAAAGAACGACGUGAAAGUUCCCGAAGGCGAGCUAGGAGAACAGCUUAGGGCCGAGUUUGGAGAUGGCAAGGAGCUUCUUGUUACUGUAGCUUCGGCAAUGGGCGAAGAGCAGGCUACGUCCUUCAAAGAGGCACCAAAGAGUUAAAUACAACGUUCGCUGGGGCUCCGAAGUAUCUCGUUCUCUCAGGUCCUCUGAUCUCACAUCCCCAUUUACAUGUUGCUUGUUCACUCAAAUUGGUCAAGUCUUGCACGUUUGUACUUCUGAUCACCUCACACGACUAUGCGCGCGAUAUUCAAUAGUAGAGUGACGACACAUUAUGUCAAACAAGAUUUCAUUUUUGCACGUCAUAGUUUCUGACUAAGGUCAGGGUUGGUGGUUGGUGGUCGCUCAUCUCCUGGCACAAACCCCGGACGAUACUGGGCCGCACGAAGUAUGGCUAAUGUAUAUGAGGAAGUGUGGCGGAACUGUAGACAACUGAGUGAUUCCGUCAGACAUGUCUCUGCGCAUCACGCUCGAGUGUACGAUGUCAAAUACCGUUGUGGUUCACCAAAUGGAACCUCUCCUGUUGCUCCGGGCUGGA